CAGAACAGUUGGAGAGAGCUCUGCAUUCCUGACACAUACAUCCAGCUGCAAAUGUGGCAGGAAGAAAAUAUGUAGAGAAAUGGAGACAUGUGAAAAGGAUAACAUGUGAUGAAAGGGCAGACAAAAAGAAGGCCAACAAAGAGAAAUGCAAAGAAGCAAAAGAAGCACCAGGGCUCUUCUAAAAGGUCGGUGAAGAUUUCUCAAACAUUUCCAAAGGUCUCGCUGCCUCUUCAUCAUGGCCUCAUUUGGGAUGCAGAUGUUGGCCAGUGUCCUGUGCCUACUGGGUUGGGCUGGGGUCAUCAUCAGCUGCAUACUACCUAUGUGGAAGGUCACCGCCUUCGUGGGCAGCACUAUUGUGACCUCACAGACCAUCUGGGAGGGCAUCUGGAUGGCCUGUGUGGUUGACAGCACAAGACUGUACCAGUGUAAGCCCUAUGAGUCUCUCCUCGCUCUUACCUCUGACCUGCAGGCUGCCAGGGCUCUCAUAGCACUUGCAAUCACCACAGGCAGCUUAGGCCUCAUCCUGGCCUUUCUUGGAGGAAAGUGCACUCGCUUCUUGGAUGAAAGAGGUGGAGCAAAGGGCAAAGUGGCAGUAACAGCAGGGGUGGUGUUGAUAGCCACAGGGGUUAUCUGUUUGAUUCCCACAUCGUGGAUCGCCGGGGGAGUGGUGAGGACGUUCUACAGUGCCUCCUCAGAUGCUCAGCGGAGGGAGCUUGGAGCUAGCCUCUAUAUUGGUUGGGGGGCAUCCAUCUUGCUUGUUCUGGGAGGAGGUUUGUUCAUCAGCUCAGCUUGCCCUCUUAAAGCCCAUGACACAGACAAAAGCCCAUCUGUUCGCUACCUAGUGGUCCGCUCCUCCAAUGGGUCUAGCAAGGUGGGUUCAUAUUACAGCAGAGUACCCACUGCAAUGUCCCAUCCUUUCAGGGCCAUGUCCCCCAGACCUCAAAGCCAAGAGGGAGCAACACCAAAGCCUCCGCUGUAUACAAAGCCCCUAUGGGAAGUUGAGUCUGACCAGGAUUUGAGAGAUUCAGAAAGAUCAUGGGCGCCAUCAACAAAGUCACAGAUGAAAAGACAAGAAUCAACAAAAUCCAAUCUCAGCGAGGCGCCGUCGACAAAGUCUCAGCUAAAACAAGUAGAGAUGGAAGAGACAUCAGUUCAGGGUGAAAAUGAUACAGCUUCAAACCCAGCAAAAACCUACCUGUAGUAUGAGCAAAAAGAGUUAAAAAUGGAGACAUGUUUAGUGAUAUUUAUUUAACUUACUUUGUGAUUCUCUACUGAUGAAAAGCAGUUCAUAAGACAGUUUAAUUCCAUUGUUGUUUUAGGGGAAAGGAGUACAUUUAUCAGUGCAGAGGAGAAAAGAUAGCUUUAUAUGGGACUGAAAAACCUGCUAAAAGUAAAGCAUGAGAAGUGUGCAUAGUUGUCUUCUUUGUAAUGGACUUCUUAACUGCAAACUGUUCGAAGAAGUUGUGAUUUGUUAAUGUGGAAUAUCAUACAGGCAUCUGCUAGUUUUUCUGUGUUUAAAUGCACUAAAUGAAGAUUUAUUUAAACUUUUUGAGGUCAUAUAUUUUAGUUUUUUUUCUUUAUAUUGGACAAAUAACAGCUUGAAUACUAUAAGAUUAAUGAAGGAGCCAAAAGUAGAUUUCUAUCAUAAUAUUGCUGAUUUUUCAUUUAUAAUAACAAUGAUGGAAUUAUUUUCUUUUUUCCACCAGAGUAUGUGUGAAUGACAAGGAAAACUGAAAAUUUGAUUUUAUUUUAUUUAAAAAGAUCACUGAAAACACUUUUACAUUCACUUUUCAAUAAAUUACUGUAAUUCAUUGGGUCAUGAAUUCAUUUAUUUUAUAUUUUUUAAACAUUCAA